AUGUUUUCUAAGCACCCCGAGGAAACCCUUGAUGUCUAUAAACUCUUCAGACAAGAAGAAGUCAAUCCACAGAUGAAUGAUGAUGAGCCUACCAGGAAAAAGAUUUGGGCAAGAUUAACCAAAGUUGAUAUAAAUAAUGUGAAAUUGUUACAGGAUAUCACUAACGAAAACCUACCUAUAAGCUACCCAUUAAGUUUCUUCCAGGAAGCACUCCCAGGAAACAAUAACGACGUGUACUUAACUAGAAUAUGUGUAGUAGAUGAUGCGGUUGCUGGUGCCGUUAAAGCCAAAUUACUCUUAGGGGUUAACGGUACAGUACUACCAAGAGGUAUUUACAUAGAAACACUUGUAGUCGCAAAAGAAUGGCGGUCUCAUCGACUUGGCAAGCUCUUGUUAAAGUUCAUUGAAGAUGAAUGUCAAAAUUAUUUUCUUCACAAUAUAAUUGUUCAUGUUUCCACUAAUAAUAAGAGAGCCAUUAAAUGGUAUUUUUCUAAUGGAUUUCGACAAGUAGGUGCUGAAUUGACACAUUAUUAUAAAAUUGAUAACCAACCAGGUAAUGCAGUCAUAAUGGUGAAGAAUAUCCAAUGA